AUGACCGUGACCGCCCGCGCGCCUCUGCAGGCCGCGGCGUCCGCCUGCGGGCGCGCGAUCGCUCGUGGCCGCCUGGCGAUGCCAGUCGGCGCCUCCGCGCCUGCGGGCGCCGUUGCGCACCUGCGAUCGCCUUCCCGGCAGUGCCUUGCCGUCGCUGCCGGGUCGGCCGUUGCUGCUGGAGUCUCAGGCGCGCAGGUGCUGCAGGGCUCCGCUCGUACCAUGCUUGGCAGCGGCACCAGCAACACGGCUCCGCGGGACGCGAGCAGCUGCCACGGCACAGGCACGAUGCCAGACCAUCCUGCGAGCCACGUCGGCGCCCGCGGCGCCUCUGCGGGCGCGGCCGCCCCGGCGCCCGCGAAGCCGCGGCUUGGCGGCCACUGCCGGCCCACGCCGCCGACGUGGCACGAGCCCUGCGCCCGCGGCGGGGGUGCGGCCGCGGCGGCCAGAGCGGCGGCUGGCGGGCGCCCGCGCCCCCUCGAGCUGCGGCGCCUCGAGGAGGUCCGCGAGGCGCCCGGCGACGUCUCUCCGCGGCCACGUGCGGCCCUUCGCGGCGGUGCUGGCUGGGGGCACGAGCCUCGUGCUGCCGAUGUCGGGGUCAAGGCCGAGCACCUCGACGAGGGCUCGCCGACGGAGCUCCGCCCGGCGCUGCAGCGCGGAGAGGGCGCGGCCCCCCUCUCGGGCGCCGGGGCGGCUGCGCCGCCGCGGGUGCCGCUGCCGGCCGCGCCGCUGGAGGCGUGGGGGCCGUCGGCAGCGCGGCGGCCGCCGCCGCGUGCGGGGCACCUCGCCCGCGCAGGUGGCAGGGCAGCGGCCGCGGUGCGCACCGGCAGGGGCGGGGAGCUGCAGCAGGGCUGCGCGGGCGUCGAGGCGUCGACCGCCGCGGGCACGGAGGUGCAGGAGGUCGGCGGAGGCACGUGGGCGCAGGCUGGCGCGGGCGAGGGCACAGAGGUGCAGUUGGGCAGCCUGGAGGCGGCGAGCGCGGGGGCGCCUGUCCGCCGGCCCCGUGUUCGCGGACGCGACCGCAGCCAUCGCAACCGCCCAAGAGUCAUCUUUACCAGCCACUCCGAAGGAGGAGAGAGCGGGCCCGUGUCGGUGGCCAGCGGUUCGAGCUCCGCGGUGCGACCGCGGGGGGCCGACCAGAGUUUCGGGCAGGACGACCUCGAUGAGAAGGAGGCGAAACUCGGCGAGAGCGGCGACACAGGACGGAGGAAGGCGCGGGCGGGAGGGCAAGUGGACGCCGACGCCGUGGAGCGGUUCUGGCUCCUGGACUGGCGCCCGAGGAGCGCGGGGCCGGGCCCUGAGGUUCCCGGACAAGGUGCUUGUGCAGCGGCUACACGGGUACAUGAACGCCCUCUGCCACAAGGAGACCUCUUCCGCAACAGGAACGGCCAGGGCGACUCGCCGCCGGAGAGGCUCCGAGGCUUCGGCUUCGAGCGUCCGGCAGAGCGGAACUGCUACGGCCGCACCCAGGACGGGCCCCGACCGCGUUCGGCGCGACGGAGGAGCUCGCCGAAAGCGACGCCAUCUUUGAGGAGCUGGCGCGGCACCUCGGCGGGCGCCUGCUGCAGGGCCGGCCCGCGCUGCGGCGCCAGAACUGGGCCGCCGUCACGGAGGCCACGCCCGACUCGUGGGAGGACCUGCAGGUGCAGGCGAUGCGGCUCGUGGAGCUGGCGAUCUUUGAGUGCUACCAGGACGCCGUCGACUCCGGCGCGGUGCCCCCGCCCAGGGCCGCCACUUGCGCGGCCGGCCAGGACCCCUGAUUCCACGUCCGCUCCGAGCGCCAGCGCGAAGAGGAGGGCGAGGAAGAAGAAGAGGGGCGCCGCGGGUGCGCGGCAGCCCGCCGAGGCGGGCCGAGAGGAGGACGAGGACGAGGAGGACGCCGCCGAGGCCGAGGAGGCGACAGAGGCCGCCGCGUCUGGGUCCCCGGCGGCGCCAGUCAGCCCGGCGAGCGAGGCGCAGGGCGUGGUCGAGUGGGCCGCGCCCAGCGGCGGGGGGCCCAGCUACGGCGCCCUGUGGUCGAACUGGUUUCCCAGCAUCUUGCGGGACGGCUCGGCCGAGUGGAAUUGGAUGGUCUUUCAGAAGAGGGCGGGCGACGCCGACGAGGGGAGCGCGCAGCAGGCCCGGCAGCCGGUGGCCUCAGGCAUCCGCGCGUUCGUGCGGCACACCUUCGUGGACGUCGAGGGCCCCUCGGACGGGCAGGUUGCCGCGCCGAAGCGCAGGGCGAGGAGCGUCUUCUUCUGA